UGGAAAUGAACGAUUUGGUGAGACACUGGAGGGAGCGAGCAGUAAAAGAAAGGAUCAGAGCGUGCUAAAAAGGGUGCCUACUCCGGUCAAGGGAAAAGACGAGGAGGGUCCUGCAUCAAGCCCAGCAACUACAGCCCCACGUGAGUCGCCAAUGUCUGCCGAUGGCGAUGAGGAAGAGCACGACUACUUUGGUGCAAGCGCUGCGGCGGAGAAGGACGGGCAAAGCAAUGCUGUGUUAGGGAAAUCAGAAGAAACGACGAAAAAGUCUAAGAAUCAGG